AUGAUGAUCCUACUGAUACUAAUUUUUAUAAAUUCUGUCGAUUGUGCUCAUUUUCGUGGAGGAAUGAUCAGUUGGCGACCAGCAACUAAUAAUAUAUCUGUAUUAAAUACAAAACAAACGAUUAUUAUUGAUCAACGAUAUGCAUGGAGCAGAAGUGCUGCAGAUAGUGGCUGUACAACUACAACAAUUACAUCACAUGGAUUGAUUGGAGAGAGUGCUGUACAUGUUCUGAAAUGCGAAUCAUCUGCAUCUAUAUGUACAAGCGUGCAAUAUACUACUGAUAUUAGUACUUACGAACCCUGUACUGAUUUUAAUACUGCUCUGGGUAUGUCUUUUGGUCACAGUUCAACCGCUGUUAAUUUAACUGUUCGACCGACAGGUGUUGUUAUUGGAUAUGUUGUCGCUAAUGCAUGGCUUAUCUUACAAUCAAGUGGUAGUGGAGGUUGGAGUUUGAUGACAUAUAUAAACAUGCAACCACGUUCAGAUAAUCAAUUAAUCAAUAGUUCACCUACAUCGGAUAUACCAUCAGUAGUCUAUGUACCAGCUUCUUCCACUCUAGCAACUGCAAUUGAUAUUCCAAUGAGUGAUGCCGAUGGAGAUGAUAUUCAAUGUCGAUUUGCAAAAUCUUCGAGUUUAUUAGGUAGCACUACAGUUAACGAAUGUGCUAGUGUUUGUGCAUCAACAGCAUUACCUUCUUCAACACAAUUAAUAUCUGGUAAUAAUACAUGUACACUUAUUGUUACUUUGCCUCAUACUGGUUAUUAUGCAGUAGCAAUUCAAAUAGAAGAUUAUGAUCAAAAUACAUCAACAAUACUUAGUUCAGUUCCAUUACAAUUUCUUAUACUUACAUAUGAUAAUUCAAAUCCAGCAUCGAGUUGCACAUCAGUACCUAUUAUAACAAGUAUUCCACCUGAUUUACCAGCACCUGGUGAUACAAUUACAAUACAAGUCGGUGUUCUUUAUACGGCAAUGGUCAUUGCAAAAACCGGUUGUUUAAAUGAUACAGAUACAAGUAUUACAAAUUUUAUAACAUCAAGUCCACCUGGAAUGUUAAAAUCAUAUCCUCCAUUUUAUUUAUCAUCAUCAUCAUCUUAUGCUAUUAAUCUUACAUGGACACCAACAACUGAUCAACUUGGUCAAAUAUUUGUAUUUUGUGCUGUAGCAAUUGAUAUUAAUUAUCUUUCAUCAGAUCAAUACUGUUUUAAUAUAUUAGUUGGUCCUAAAACAACAACAACCACAACGACAACAACAACUUCAAGUACAUCAUCUACAACAGCCACAUCAUCCACAACAUCAACUACUUCAACUACAACAACAAGUACAACUUCAGCUACAACAACAUCAACAACAUCUACCACAUCUACUACAACUACUACAAUAACGACUCCACCCCAUGAUUAUAAUCCAUUAAUAUUUGGAUUAGGUCUUGGACUUGGAUUACCUUUAUUGCUCUUACUCGGUCUUCUAGGUUUAUGCUGCUUAUUACGAUAUUGUUCGGGUUCUUUAAAAUCAUUAAGUCGACGUCGUUUGAAUCGUGAUGAAAAUACAUAUUGUCCACUUUGUCAACGAUCUGUCGCUUUUGAAGAUCCUCAAAAGCAGAUAGAAUUAAAAUGUACAACUCCUGAAGAUACACGUCGAUAUCGACAAUUAUAUUUAAAUAAUAAUGAAGAUAAAACAUUAGAUGAUUAUCGAAAACAAUAUGUUAAAACUGAUGCUGAACGAUCGCUCAUUCUACCCUUAACACCAUUAUCAGAACGAGAAUGUUUUCCACUAACUCCGUCAUUUUUUUCAAAUUCAGCAUCCACUUUACUUGCAUCACAAUUAACAACAGUAACUUCAUUAAAUUCACCAUCAAUAAUCAGUCUUCCUACAGUGAAUAUUCCAAAUAAAGUAUCUCCAACUCUUUCACAAUCAAACCAUCAUCGUUCAUUAUUAGUACAAGCUUAUACAACGCAAUCUCAAGUUUAA